CGACCUAAAUGGCGGUUUGUAAACACUGGAGACAACUGAGGAAAAAUAAUUCAUUAAUAUGGGAGUAACACCUGACACCUACAGGUAUUAACAAGAUGGCAGAGUCUGAAACAGACAAUAAAUUGAUCUACACCAUUUGGUGAACUUUAAGGUUCCUACUUAUUUUUAUUUUUCAUAAAAAGGAAACAAAUAAAAAUGUCGGGGCUUCAUCCUGAUGCAGAAGUCGGUGGAAUGACGUCCCAGGGGAAACUUGGUGGGUCCAGCAUGUCAAGUAUUCAGCCGCCGAGCACUAGCACUGACAUCCCCAUAGUUAUGAGUGACGAUGUGUAUGAUGGGUCCCUGACAGAGCACCAGCAGUGCUUUGUGCUGGUCGACGACCACGCCGGCAGUUUUGUGCCUGGAGACUCGGCCGUACAAAGGCUGCUGACGGAGCAGGAAACUGCCAUGGAGGUCAGUGCAGAGAAGACAGUUCAGGUGAUGCAGAUGGAUGGUAAUAAAACAUUAGAGAUGAUGCACGUGGGUAAUAAGGAUAGGGUCGAGGUGAUGCAGAUGCCUGAUGGACAAACAGUAGAGGUUGUUCAGAUGGAUGGAGGAAAGACCUUGGAGGUAAUGCACAUUGAUGCAAGCAAACAUUCACAAGUUCUGCACAUUGAUGCAACUAAACACACACAAGUGGUGCACAUUAACACAGGUAAACACUCGGAGGUGAUUCACGUUGAUGAUGGUAACGGCAUUGAACUUCUGACCGAAAAUAGCCCAAUAAAAGGACCAGUUGAUACGAAAAGAAAAGGAAAAUAUGUGAUAUCACGUCAAUGUGCCAAACCAUUAACAUCCACAGCCAUGAAGAGGGUCCUGCCACGUCCGAGUAGUCACGAUGCAGCUAGUUUAAGUCUGAGGUCACUAACUACUGUUACUCCUUCCAUUGUACUGUCAACAGGCAAAAGCAAUCUACUCCCUGGUCAGGAAUUCAACCGUGUGAUAUCAACUACGACCUUUCCUGCCAGUAGAAAGUCACAGGUUGUUGAAACAAGUGGCCUGCAGACCAUUACCCAUGUCAGCCCAAACAUAGUGUUGUCUGGCAGCAAGGAGGUUCUCUCGGAUGGUGUUGACAGCUUGAACAAUACCAUAAUAAUCUCUUGGCCAACCAUAUCGUCUGACAGGGAGAACACUGUAGCAACACAGACAGAACCCAGCGAUGACUUAGGACCGAGCAUGAACCUGUUUUUCUGCACCUUCUUCGCAGAUGGCAGUGUCCAAACACAGUGCGACAUGCCAGCAAGAUGCCACGAAAGUGUAUCGACUGUCAGCAGGGCCCAGUGUGGGGUGAGACAUAAGUUACGGAUCCACGGUAGUGACGGAGAUGGGGAGGACGACCCGAUGGUAGCCAAGAUGGAGGGAUGUGAGAAGUAUGACUCACAAACUGCAGAUCCGAGAUUCUCCAGAAGUGGUCGAAUUCUGAAGAGUAAGGGACCACUUUUCAAGCUGGAUCCGAGCAUGUCAGAUGGAGACAGGGAUUGCGACCCGGACUUCGAGCUGCCGGGGGAGGAGAAGGAUGAAGACAUUAAUGGCCACCAGAAUAUUGUUUACAGGAAGAAAAGAGGAAGAAAGAGGAAGAAACGUGUGCCUUCUCCUGAUGACUUUGACGAGGAGUUAGAGCUCGCCAACGGUGAUGAAAAUGAAGACGUAAAAUCGGAAACGACUAUAAAAGAUGAACCGCUGGAUGCAGAAGACGAUGAACUAGCCUUGGAGAUACUGAGGACAAAAGGGUACGGAUUGAGGACGAAGCGGCGGCCCAAGAAGAUGAGUGACAUGCACUACAUAGAGGAAAAAGUGGUGAAGAAACGAGUAGAGAGAGCUCAAGAAUUUUCGUGUCAGAUGUGCACAGAACUCUUCCCAACAUUUUCACGAUUACAAAGGCACGCUAAAAUAGAGCAUAAUUCCACAGAAUUUGCAUUCCCUUGUGAUUUGUGCGGUGUCGUGUUCACCAGACCCCAUAACCUAGAGCGCCACAAAGAGACAAAGCACGGCGAUGGUGAACGACGUUUUGUCUGUGAACAUUGUGGACGCAGGUUCGGGCGACAAGACGUACUGUCGGUACAUGUCUCAAUGGUUCACUUCAAGAAAACCUUACGAGACAAAAAGGGACCUUCAUUCCUUGGCUCUCAUGCUGUACACUGUACGAGCUGUGACAAAUUUUUCUCAAAAGAGCAGAAGUUAAGAGAACAUAGACAGGGGAACUUAACAUGUAGUGACUGUUCAAUAUCUUUUGAAUGUAAAACAUCUCUGAGGAUACACCAAUAUAAACACCACCCAACUGCUUGUAACGAGUGUGGGAAGGUCUGUGACAGUAAACAGCAGAUGUACUUCCACCGCUUAUCUCACGCUCCCAAGUUUUUGUGUAAAUAUUGUCACAAGGGAUUUCUAUGGAAGUCUCAGUAUACCGUCCAUAUGGCAACACACACCGGCGAGAAGCCCGUCAUGUGUGAUAUAUGCGGGAAGUCGUUUGCUCACAAGCUUGCCGUGAGUAAACAUAAAUGGCAGGAGCACAACGAAAACAAUAAAAAGUUUAAGUGCCAGACCUGCAAUAAGUCUUUUGUAUAUAAAGGGAAACUGCAGUCACACGUGCGAAGUCACACGGGGGAAAAACCAUUCGUGUGCCACGUCUGCCGGUCCACCUUUUCUCAGAGAUGUAACCUGACGGCCCACAUUAAGAGCGUGCACGGCGUUUACAUCCAAUCCAUUAAAAGUGACGGAACGACUCACACUCAGCUUGUGAAAUACAAACGCGCCAAGAAAGCGGCCGCUCCUGUAGACCCUCCUUCUGCCGUGGUGAGCUCUGUCAUGUCCCCUGCACCUGUUGAAGUUCCCGUUCCCGACCAGCCCCAAGUGGCUAUCCAAGACCAAGUACAAAUGUCAGAGUCAUUUGAAACUGAAGCUGCCGUUUACCAGAUUGUUUAUGCUUAUCCACAGUAACUUGCAGCACUGACUUGCUUCUCCCACUGACAGAUGGUAAAAUGAGAGUUAUUAUGGUGCUCAACUUUUGAUAACACUCUCCGUGACGUUUUAUAUCAUGUACUGUUCUCACUCUUGUCAACAUUGGGUAAUUUCCCCGUAAAUUUUUGUUUUUACGACAUAACUAAUAUUUAUCGUUAGCUACCUUGGUUGAUGCAUCUUAGAAUCUAAUUAAAAAACAAAGGUCAAUGUUUAAACUUAAUGUAAUAUUCAGAAUAGUUAUGUUACUGAUGUUUUAGUCAUUUACUUAGAAGAGUGAGGCAUCAUUAGUCUUGCUUGGUACAGUUCAUGGCUUGAUGGCUUCCGUUGCUCUCUAAAAAAAUAUGUUCCGGUGAAAUUUACUUUACAAACUGAAACCCAGAAUCAGAGUUUUAUAAAUUCUGGAUCAUCUUAACAUUAACCACCGUAUCUUAUUUGACCUUACCUUAAUACUAACAAACCUGACUUAACCACACGUCACCCAAUCCAAUCCCCAGAUUAUUUGAUCGUACCAUUAACCACCAUGAUGCUACUUACCUAAUGCUAACCUGACCACUGUAAUGCUGCUUACCUAACCUAACUGUCCAUAAUGCUAACCUAACCAUCCCUAAUGCUAACCUACCUUAACCACUCUAUUUUUAACCUAAUUUAACCU